AUGGCGCUUUAUGCGUCGAGAGACUGGAGAAUUGUGUUGUUAAUUUUCGUUUUUUCAGCACCAGGUUAUGGUUACGUCAAUUUUAAACCAGGAUUUGAAUAUGAAUAUAAAAUUGAAUCGACUUCAACUGUUAAAAAUCUUGGCGACUUUCUCUUAAAAGCAAAGGUUGGCUAUAUUAAUGUUGAAGAACGGAACGAUGAACAAGAAAUACUGGUACGAGUUCGGACCUUUAGUUUUGCUCAAGUGUCUACCCCUCAUACGGUUGGACAUGAUGUAGAUUUCAACAAGUGGUUUUCAUUUCUUAUAAGCCGUAAUGGGGAAAUUCGCUCAGUGUUUUACGAUCAGCGCGAAGAUGAUGAAAUCCUUGCCAUCAAGAAAGGAAUGGCGGCCAUGUUUGCAGGAAAACUACACGACCAAGAUGAAAUUUCCACGAGAAAUACACCAGGAGGAUGGAAGUAUGAUGUUGAAGAACUGGGUCACGAAGGUCCGCAUAAAGCAUCCUAUAGAGUAGAGUCUCAUUCAGAAGGAAAGAAAUUCACCAAGACAAGAAGCCAACAUCCUUUGGUUCAUGCGAAAUCGAACUACACCAAGACACUGUACUACAAUUCAAAUCUUGGAACAAUUCAUACAGUACUUGUUGACGAGAGAAUAUCUAUGAUGAGACACACACCAGCAGGUUACGAUCCAUUUGAUGGCCACAGACCAGUCAAUCCAGUCAAUAAAUUCUCUGACAUGGAGUAUCCUGAGAUGACAGCUUUAGGAAAGGGUAAACUGGAAUUUGUGUCACAGCAUAAACUGAAUUUGAUACCAAAACGAACGACUAAAACUCUUGUUAAAGAUUCUAUACACAUUAAAAAGAUCAAAAGAAAACCUACCAGAAGUAACGAACCUGAGAAACUAUUGGAACAAAUUCGUGGUAAUCUAACUAUCAUGAGAAAUGUACCAGAUAACACACCUAAUCAAGUGAAGACUGAUGGAUUCCAUUGUUUAAUGAUCUGUUUAGAAUUAUUAGAUGAUAUCUGGUUUAAAAACAUCACAGAGUAUUAUCUUUCUUUAGAUACACUGUCAAUUCGGAAUGAGAAAGACCAAUCUCAUAUUGUUGAUGCAAUGAUGGCAACCAAAUCAGAUCGUGCUCAAGAUAUCGUUACGGAGAAAAUUUUACAGACUGACAAACCAAACGUUAAGAUGAUAAUGCGCUUGAUGGUGUCGAUCAUUGCCAUGGAUACUGCUCCCAAUAAGAGACUUUUGACCAGAUUAUUUGAAAUGGGAUUUGAAAAACACAAAUCGGAACCUGUUCUCCAUAAAGGUGAAGUCUACCAUAGAAUUCUACUGACGAUUGGUUCGGUUUCUCGGAAGCUUCAUAAAUCUGGUCGAUCACAGGAAGCAACUGAUGCCAUUUCUAAAAUAGAGAAAAUGAUUGGAUAUCAUGAUCCGUACUUAUUUCGUAAGAAAAGAUCAGUAAUGACUGAAAAGGAAGUUGAAGAAGAGGAUACAUUGAAAGUAAAUUUACUGGGAGCUCUUGGUAAUGCUAGAUUACACCAAUCUUAUGAAUAUAUCGUAUCUCAUAUCAACACUACCAACUGUCAAUGGGUAAAACGUGCUGGUAUUACAGCUCUAAGAGGUUAUCAUCAUGAGCAUGCAGCUAAGUUGAUGUUGAAGACCGCUAGAUAUGACGAACAUGAUACAGUUCGAUACGAGGCAAUGAUACAAUACCAGUCUCAUCCUAAAGCUAAAUUCCUUACUCCAUAUACACCACCUGUGGCCCAAAAUAGUUCCUAUAAUGGUUCAUCGAUAUAUUUCAACCCUUGGGAUUUAGAUGCAAAUGAUGCUUAUCUUCACCCACGAAACAAGCGUGGCUUUUUAGAUAAUGGUUUUGAAUUUCUUCUCGCUUCACCCAGUUUGGAUUAUACUAAAUUGCUUGGAAAUAAGAAACUUGGGGCCUCUUUUGGAAUCCUGAUAAAGAAUUUACUGGAUUUAAAGAUAGCUCCAUUUAGUGGUCAUGUUUUAGUGGAUGUCCAUGAUGAAGCAUUUGCUCGAGUUCAUCUUGGUAUAGUUGGUACUAAUAUAGAAUUCUUUGUGGCCAGAGUUUGUUUUAAAGGUGGUGCUAGUUAUAAUCUCAAUAUUCUACAGGAAUUUGGUGUUAACAGUUUGGAUGAUUUGGUGAAUUUAUGGGAUAAUUUAAAGAAUAACGUGGUUGGAGCACUUACAACUGGUCUUGAUUUAUUUCAUAAAAUCAUUCGUGGAGAUAUAUCGGUACAAGGGAUAAUACAAGAUUUCAUAAAGGCUUUAGAACAAUUACCUCAGAAGGUGAUGAAUCUGGGAAGAAAGGCUGUUGAACUUAUGAAGAAAUUGGGAGAAAUAGACGAGAAGGAUUUACCUCCUUUCAUAAGAUCUAUUAGUAAAUUGGUCAACACUGUGGUAGGAACUUAUAAUGAUAUAAAGAAAGAUGUCAUGGGGUUUGUAAAUAAUUUGCUAGAAACUGUGACUGUUUUAUUGCCGAGAGCAUGGAAACUGAUCUACGAAGCAAUUGAAGCCAUUUUUGGGGCGUUUAAAGAUUUCUUUGGUGACCCUAAAAAAGCCAUCACAACAAUUGGUAGCAAUGUUAUUAAAAUUCGAAUGGAAAUAAAUAAUUUAGUAUUUUCCGUCAACAAAACUGUACAACUUAUGUCAUUUAAGAAAGGAAAACCACCUGAAUGGUUGAAUUUAGGCGAAAAGUUUUCAAUCCUUAAAGAUGCUGUUAAGGAAGUCAUGAACACUUUAAGUAGUGGGUCUAAAUCAUGGAUACAACAGGGGUUUGGAAAGGGUAAAGAUCCAGUUGAAGAAUUUACCAAUGGAAAAUUUUCGAUGAGUGAACUCAAGAAACAAGUAGUUGGUGAAUUGAAAGAUCUGGUCAACGAUUUGUUAUCACCUUUUAGUUCAGUUAAAAAUGUUGGCGGAGAUCUCUCAAAAACAUUUGAUCUUGUUAGCAGUACAAUAAAUAAAAUAAGAAAAGCCUACGAUGCUGUAAAAACAGGAUAUCGCAUAGCACGAUCAUUAAUAGACAGAAUUUUUGGACCAAAGUGUCAUAAAGACUUCCCUAGAAAAUAUCGUAGUAAGGGCAGUGGAUGUGGAUCUGGUGAUUAUCCUUCAUCAACUAAAGCAGGACAAGAGUACGAUGUUGAUGGAGUGGAUUUGGAAAUUGGAAACGGAAAAGAGUUAGUUGCACCAUUUAGCGGUACUAUUCGCCGCUCAGCUAAAAAUAGUAGAGAAGUUUUGUUAAUGGCAACAGGGGGAUCAUUGAAAGAUACAGAAAUUAUUAUUACCAACAUAGAACCUAGUUCCUUUAUACCAUCUUAUAGUAAUGAUGUUCUUCAACCGGUGAAUGCUGGUCAAGUUAUUGGUACGGUAGCAUCAUCAGUGUGCGAUGUUAACCACCAUAUUCAUUUCGCUAUGAGGAAAGUUGGUGGUAUACAACCAGGUGUUAUUGACCCUUCUCGAUAUCUUGAACCAAGGUUUCCUAAACUACCAAAAUGGGAACAAGGAUGUGAUGAUUAUAGACUAGUUUGGAACGAUGACCUUAUAGCGGACGCUCCUUUAGUUGGUAUUGGUGGUAGAAAGGAGGUAGAUUCAAGCCCUGAAAGAACUGGAGAAAUUGAUGAGCCUACACUUGAAACUAGUAGUCAACUUGAACCUGCUGAAGUUGUAGAUAAGGGUCUUUGUGAGUAUCCUUAUUUAGGUUGGGAUAUGAUCGAUGAUAAGCCUUGUUUUAAUCCGUACCAAAUGAACGAUGAUCAACUACGUAUUGAGCUCACAGAACGUGGCUUAGACUCCGGAGGUUCAAGGAAGGCAAUGAUAGACACAUUGACAACACCAAGUACAGAAUGCCCCGGAUUAACUUUUAAUCUGUUGAACGAUAAAAUGUUCUGCACACCAGAUCCACAUUGUCUGGGAAUCGAAUGUUGUGUACACUUAAAAGUAUUCAUGUUCCGGAAGACGUAUAAGAUGUACGCCAGAUAUGAGCCGUGCGACAAUCAGUUUGUAUUUGGUAUUAAAGGGAAGAUAGAAAGAGUUAUUGGACCUUUCGAUGGAAUCUAUGAUAGCUGGGAGGAAGAUGUAAAAACCGGAAUUAAGAUGAGCCUUCUAGGGGGAUUGGAAGUAACAAUCAGAGUUCGUAUAGAGAAAACAGAUUCUGCACUUCUCGGGACACUUGGAUUAGGAAUGUGUAUGGAAGACGAUGAAGAAAAUUGUCUCCCUUUCAUAUAUUUGUUAAAUGAGGCAAUAUUACCAGUACCAGUAUGUGCACCUGAUGGUUCUUUAAUAUUUCCUGAAGUUGAUUGGGAAGGAUAUUUUAAUCGUGAUAACUUAAAGAGUCGCUUUAAAGAGUCGGCUAAGAAAUAUGCGGAAGCAGCGCUAGAUUUAGCUCUGAAAGAAGGUCUGAAACAGCUUGGAUUCCCAGAGGACUUAUUAGAAGAAGGUUCUCCUUGUCAACGUCCAGAAAAACUGACAGUUGAAAUGUUGAAAACUAAGUUAGCUGAAAGAGGAUUGAGUAUUACCGGGACAAUAGAUCAACUAAUAGAGAGACUUACUGAGGCUGAUAGGAGUUGUGAAAUAUUGGGACAGAAAAUUACUUUACCAACAAUAAAGAAUGACAAACUCAAGAAAUUACUUUAUCUCCAGAUUAGUAACAAUUGUCUUCGAUUACAAGCUUGUAUCGACGUUGACAUUAACAUCAGUACAAAAACUCCUUCCAUAAACUUUGUUAGAUCUUUUAUUGCAUAUGUUGAACUGGAUGCCUGCAAUUUCCAAUUCCACAUUGGUUUUGAAAUGUAUAAAUAUACUGAAAUUCUCAUAGGAUACAAAUGGGGCACCGAAGAACAGUUUAAAAUAGGAGACAAUAUUGUUUUUAGUUAUAAGAUAAAUCGUGAUGAGAAUAAGAAGAUAUUUAUAAUAGAUGUUAGUGGAAUAAUUAAAGCAUUAGGUACAGAUGUAAUUAAUGGUAAAAUAAUAAAUGGAAUGGAAAUACCUAUACCUGUCUGUAAUGAGAACUUUACUUUACCAGGUGGUGGUUCGAUGAAAGAUCUUUCAUUAGCUCUGAAUGGUAAACUAUCUGAUGCUGCUGUGGACAUUUUGUUCAAAAAAUUUGGACUUGAUAAAAUCUUUACCAACGAGGAAUGUAGUGUUCCAGUAUCUUCAACAGAUUGUCCUUGGAAAAUUGAUGUCGAAAAAUACCUGCCAAAAUCUCUUCAAGAUAAAGUAACUUGUGGAAUGAUGGAUGAUUGUUUUGGUGUAAAUUGUUGCGUAGAUUUCGAAAUGAAAAUACCAUUUUUUAACAAAGUCGUACAUAAAAGUGUAGAGGUUUUUGUAUCCUUUGAUCCAUGUGAAUUCCAACUUGAGGUUGGUUUUGGACAAGCUGUCCAUUCUGAGAAGUUACUGUCCUACCAAUGGAAUACACAAACAACAAUAUCUUUAGGAAAUGGAAAUCCUCCGCCAGUAACACUAACACUGACCAUCGCCAGGAUUGGCCAAGGCUUUAAUAUAGAUCUAAGUGUAAUGGUCUGUAUACCAGAUGAUGGUUCUUCUUUCUGUUUUCCUGAAGAUGGUUUAAAUCUGUUAAAAGAUGUUCACAUACCACUUUGCGAUGCCAGGGCACUUGGUAAUCUUGCUAAUAGUGAUUUCAACCUAGAGGAGUAUUUGAAAGGUUUGAAGCUUGAAGCUGGAGAGAAAUUAAAGAAAUCUGGAGCUAAAUAUAUUUUGAAUAAGUUGGGUAUAACACCAUAUUUACUGGAUGAAAGAUGUGAUAUCACCCGCUCGCCAUAUUCCUCAAAUAUUGAUGGAUGGAAAAAUGACUGUCCAAAAUCACUCAAACUACUUCCUAAACUUCCAAAAGGACUGGUUUGCCACCUUGAUGAUACGUGUACAAAGAUAAAUUGUUGUUUCCAUAUUGAAUUCUUGGACACCAGCUUCCAUGCUUCACUUACUCUAAAUAUGUGUGACUAUGUUUUGGAAGCGUCCAUUGAAAAAGAAAACGUUAAAUUGUCGUUGUUGGGUGAUCAGUAUGAUUUAGAUAAAGGUAUAACAAGCAGCGUGCAGAUCUCAGACUUUCUUGUUGUAAGGUUUGGUGUUAGUAAAAAGGACAAGACGUUGGUGUUUGAUUUAUCAAUAGCAGCCUGUUUUCAAAAAGACAAAUGCCAAGCUGAAUUUGAUGUGUUCACUGGUUCAGAAAUCCCACAGUUUAUUUGUGACUUAAACGCCAAGCUAGAUCUGAAAGGAUUCUCAGUUAGUGAUUGGGCUAAAGAAAAGGGUAUAGAUUUUACAAAUGGUUUAACAAAGAAAGUAGUUCAAGUAUUUUUAGAACAGACUGGUAUAGCUGAGAUGAUGUUAGAUCCACCUUGUAAACGUGACAGUUUAAAAUAUCAACCGGCUCUUCCUUCCAAAUGGAAAAAUGAUUGUCCAAGAAUCAAGACCUUACCAGUACUGAAGGCACCAGUGAAUUGUUAUAUAGCUGACUAUUGUACUGGUAUUGACUGCUGUCUAGAAAGUGACUUACUGGGAAUUUCAUUAAACGCUCAUCUCAAUAUUGAUACUUGUAACUAUGUUAUUGAAGGAGCUAUUGAGAAAAUAGGAUUCAAGAUUUCAAUUUUGGACUAUGACUGGGGAACUGAAGAAGUAGAGCAACUGAGCGAAUUUCUCUAUUUGAAAUUUAAAAUUGAUCGCCUACUAGACCAGAAGAUAUUUAUAGUUGACCUGUCUAUCAAGAUGUGUUUCCAAGGGGCAGAUAACUGUGAAGUAGAUCUACCUAUUCUGAAACAAUCUCAGAUACCAAUGCCAGUAUGUAAUAUGGAGAUGGGAUUUAAGAUAAGGGAUUUCUCUUUAAAAAAGUGGAUUCAAGAAAGCGGUGGAGAUCUAACUAAUAUUUUAGCCAAUCAGUUGAUGGAUACACUGGGUAUCACCAAAUAUCUCAAAGAUACUCCAUGUACAUUGGUCCAUGAACCAUUCAGAACAGCUUCUAUGAACAAUGGUUGGAAUAACUUGUGUCCAUUGAACAUAACGUUACCAGCUCUAAAUGAUCGUAUGGCGUGUUAUAUUCCUGAUUAUUGUACUGGUAUAACUUGUUGUGCUGAUGUUAGAGAAAUAUCCAGAACAUUCCAGGCUCAUCUCUUUAUUGAUACCUGUAAUUAUAUAUUCAGUGUGGGAAUCGAGAAGAUUGUUUAUAAUAUAACAUUGGUUGAUUAUGUUUGGGUUGGCGAUGCUUUUGCUUAUAAUAUGACAUUGGUUGAUUAUGUUUGUGGAACUGAAGAAACUUUGGAUAUUGGUGGUAUAUUUCAACUCAAAUUUCAAAUUGAAGAUCUAGCAGGAGAGAAACAAUAUCUGGUCAAUUUAAAGAUGAGUGCCUGUUUUACUGCUGGAGAGAAAUGUGACUUGGAAAUACCAGUUUUUACUGAUAUGAGAGUUCCUAAAUUGUUAUGUGACUGGGAUGCUACUCUUGCUUUGAAAGAAUUACUCAAUCUGAACGUUAACAAAUUUAGAUUUUAUUACUUUGGCGGUAUGACCAACUUUGUUGCAGAUUUCAAACUAGAUGAAUGGAUAGCAGAUCAAGGUGGGCAAAUAGGUGGACAGUUAACUGAUACAAUCAUACAGAAAUUACUGGAGAAACUUGGACUUUCUGCUUAUCUACUAUCACCUAUGUGUGACAGAAAGAGUCUCAGUUAUUCACCAGCAGUACAAGGAUGGAAAAAAGAUUGUCAGCUGGACAUGAAUUUACCAAUACUACCCAAAGAUCUGUCUUGUCGUGUUCCUGAUUACUGUACUGGAAUAGACUGUUGUCUAGAAGUACCAUUUUUAAAACGAUCUUUCCGGGCUGUGGCUAGUAUUAAUAUGUGUACCAAUGUUCUCACUCUGUCCAUAGAGAAAAUCAAACUACAGAAAUCUCUUGUAAAUUAUAAAUGGGGAAAGCUAGAAAGUUUCAACUUGAGGGGUGUCGUAAAGAUUGAGUAUAUAAUAUAUGAUUUAGCUGGAGACAAGCAGUAUCUACUAAGUUUAAAUAUUAGCAUUUGUCUAAGUUCUGAUAAACCUUGCCAGCCUUCUAUUAUUAUUCUGAAUAACGUGAGAGUACCAAAACUCUUCUGUAAUUGGGAUGCUACCACCGAACUUCGAGAUUUCUCAUUAAAGAAGUUUAUAGAAGAACAGAAACAAAAUCUAGGAGAUGUUUUAUCUGAACUGACUUUUUCACGACUAUUUCAAGCUCUAAAUAUAUCUCAGUAUUUAGUCAGACCACAAUGUAACCGUGAUAAUGAUAUAUAUUCACCUGCUAAUAGUAAAGGGUGGAAAUACGACUGUCCAAUCCAAACACUGGAUUUUGGUCAACUACCACACUAUGCUACGUGUCGAAUUCCAGAUUUUUGUACUGGUAUUGACUGUUGUGUAACAGUUCCUGUGAUUGGUCGAUCAUUUAACAUUAAAGUUUAUCUCAAUACCUGUGAUUAUACUCUUACUGUUUCACUGGAAAAUCUCGUCUUCAAGAAAACUUUACUGAAUUAUAAAUGGGGUGAAAAGGAACAAUUCAAUAUAAAUGGUAUUAUUGGAAUAGAGUUUGUAAUUGAUAAUUUAGAAGGUGCCAGACAAUAUUUAAUCAGUGUUUCUGCUACAUUCUGUUUUGAUUCCAUUACCGGAUGUUUAACAGUACCAAUAUUAAACAAUGCCAGAGUACCUAAAAUACUCUGUGACUGGGAGAGUGACCAUUACCAAACAGAUUUCUCUCUGUCUACAUGGUUAGAAGAACAGGGAAUGUCAGUAGCUAAUGAGCUAACAUCUAUUGUAUUAGCUAGAUUAUUUAAUGAAUUGAAUAUAGCCCAGUAUCUUAAAGAUCCACAAUGUGAUGCUACUACUGGUCUUUAUGAUGGAGCUGUUGAUGGAUGGAAGAAUGAGUGCUCUCUUAUCACCAAUCUACCAACUCUAUCCAAUGGUUUAACAUGCUAUAUCCCUGAUACAUGUACUGGUAUACAGUGUUGUGCUCCAGUUCCUAAACUCAAAAGAUCAUUUGAAGCCUUCAUAUACCUAGAUUCGUGCAAUUUUAAGUUCCGUGUUGGUGUAGAAAAAUAUGAAUUUAGUAGAAAUCUGAUCAAUUAUGAAUGGGGAACCAAGGAGAGUUUGUCCAUGCAUAAAUUAGUAACAGCUCAUUUUACUAUAGAUGAUUUAAACUCGGAGAAGAAAUUUCUGGUGAAUUUAAAUAUCAGUGUUUGUUUAGAAAAAGAUAAAUCAUGUUUCUUAUCUGUUCCUGUUUUAAUCAACACCAAAAUACCAAAAUUAGCUUGUGAUUGGGAUAGUACACUAGCUUUGAAAGGUUUCUCACUAAGUGAAUGGUUAAAGACGCAACAAGCUACUGGUGUACAAAGUUUAACAACUGCUUUGAGAUAUAAGUUAUAUGAAAAGUUGGAAAUAGCCAGUUAUAUCAAGUCGAAACCAGUUUCGAGGUCAUCAAGUCUCUUUUCUCCAGCAAAUAGUAAAGGAUGGAAAAAUGAAUGUCCAAUGACCAAAAUCGAAAAAUAUCUUCCUCAACUACCAAAGUAUUUUACUUGUCAUAUUGGAACCAGAUGUACCAACAUAGAUUGCUGUAUUGAUGUAGGAUUUCUAGAUACAUCAAUCUAUACUCUAGUAGAUAUCAAUAUGUGUGACUAUACCUUAACUCUGACCAUUGAGAAUCUCUCGUAUGAACAGAAACUAUUUGAUUAUAAAUGGGAAUUUUCGUUAAAAACAUUUAAUAUUAAAGAAAAGUUAGCCGGUAUAGCAUCGCCUGAUGUAUUUCUAUCUAAAUUACUGGAUGAAACCGGUCUAUCUGAUCUUCUUGAACAACCAGCCUGCAACAGAGAAUCUUCUCCAUAUAUACCAAUUGAUUCUAGAAAUUGGAGAAAUGGUAAAGAAGACGUCUUUCACAUUUCCGGCAGGGUUCGAUUACAUUAUAAAUUGGUGAAUAUGCCCACAGAAAAUAAGAUAAAAACAGAUGUAAAGAUAAAAGUUUGUUUUGAGGAGGAUUCUUGUUUAUUAGAAAUACCAAUUUUAAAACAAGUUGAUAUUUCAUAUUCCCCAUGUGAUAUUACUAAACCACAACCAUUUAAAGGAAUAACGUUUGAUUUCUGGUCUUUUAAACCCUGUGAGCUUCAACCGUCACAAUCAAGCUGUUCUGUAACUCUACCAGAUGAAAUCUCUAAAGUCUGUCAGCUAGAUGAUAACUGUCUAGGAAUAUCAUGUUGUAUUGGUGUUGAUAUAGAAUAUCUCGGACAAUAUAAUCUUGAUGCAUCAUUCAGAUUGGAUCAUUGUCAAAAUAAAUUGAUUUAUUCAUUAGAGAAUAAGAAAUGGGAGAAAACUCUUCAACCUAUAGUAAAUGGGACAUUUAUGGUUCCUAUUAGCAUUAUUCCAACACACGCUGUCGUAUCUAAAGAUAUCAACAUAACAGAGUCCAUUGGAGAAGCCAUUGAUUUCAGUUUUGUGUUAAAAGAUAGUGGUAGUUCCUAUGUGACCUCCCUUGACCUCAAACUGUGUGCUUUUAACCAAUGUAAAUAUUGGAAACUAUUGGAUAAGAAACCUCUUCUGAAACCAGGCUGUAAUCACAGAAGAAAGAGACGUAGCAUUAUAAAAGAAAAAUUUGCUAAUUAUAAAGAAAUGAUACAGAGAAUGAUGAAAGAAGGGGCAUCUAAUAUAGAUAUACAAAAAUAUCUUUCUAAGAUUAAACUUGAAAAGGAAAGUCAAAGGCAGAGCAAUUUACAGCCAGAUUGGAAAGAUGGAGGACAAGCGAAUAACCUCAGAUCAGCACUAAAAACCAUGGGAUCUACAAACCCCUCCACAAUAAUUUACUUUUCUAAAAAUCAAAAACUUAAGAUUGGCAUAGAGGGAUGUGAACAAAUAUUGGGUAUAUUGAAUGCUGUAACAUCAAUACUGGACACAUCAAGUCAAACAUACACUGUGGGUAAAGGAUUGACUGGUGUGGGUGUUCAGAUGCUGGGUUUAAAGUUAGCCAAUAUGUCCAUAGGAGAAAUAUCAGCUAUGAUUGAUAUGAAGAACAUUGAUCCUGAAAAGGCUGUCGAGUUGGCCAAUGAAUUAAGAGAUCUUGUUUCUGCCCUGUAUUCUGAAAUAUUAAAUGCUGUAAUAGAUGGAUCAACGAGUGACAUAUUCAAGUCUUUUGAUUUUACAUUGGAGGGUGAUUUUAGUCUUCCAGAACAAAGCUUGAGUCUAUUUAACGUCAAUUAUGGUUUUUUGGUUGGUGGUUUCAUAUAUGUUGAGUUUUCAUUUGGUGCAUCAUGUUCCUAUGGUAUGAAGAUAUAUUUGGGAGCAAAGGUCAUGAAGAUGAAAGCCUAUGGUGGAGUAGUGCCGUAUGGUGCUGUAAAAGCGUAUGGGGAGCUAUCUAUUGGGUUUAUAUUGUAUGCAGGCCUGAGAUUAGAAGGUUACAUUGUGACAACUUCUUUCCCAACCCGAGCCGAAAUUGGUUUUUCUAAAUUCCCUCUUGAAAUCGGAUUUACAAUGGAUUUGGAGCUGAUUCCUCUGAAAAUAAAACUGAAAGCUAUUGUCAAAUUGAAAAUCAAUUUAUUCUUCUUUACUAUACAAAAAGUUUUGUUUGAAACUGAACUCUGGAGAUAUCAAACAGAUAGCAUUAAAAAGAACAUACUGAAGUUUGGUAAAAAUGAAAUUGAUAAAUCUCCACCGAUAUUCUCUGAAUAUACGGACACACAGUCAGGAAGAAAAAGACGAGCAGCAGGAUUUCCUGCCAGCACAGAAACUCGACAUUGUUCAGUUCGUCAGCUGAAAGGACGGGAUUAUUCUGAACCCGCCAUCGAGAUUUCUGUAAGAGCCGGUGAUGACAAGAGUCAAGUGAGACUGUUUCUUACAGCUGGUACUAAACCUGGUUUAGCUGAUGCUUUCUCAGAAACACAACUCGGUGGGCCGUCUUCUAUAAUCACAGAUAAAUUUAAACAACAUGGUCAGCCAAUAUAUUUUACAGUUGUUGGUAAAAACAGUGAAGAUACAGCAAGCACAGUGACCUGUUCCAUACCAACGUACGACGUAUCCUUACCCGGAGGCAGAUUUACUGCAGAGUUCAUCACAUCAAGCAAUCCUAGAGUAUUGAAAGCUUCUGUUGUGGCAUUUGAAGAUUCAGAUUUAGCAUAUGCAGCAGUUGGUGUUGGUUUUGGACGUGAUAUCCAUGGCGAUGAAAUAGAGCAUUGGAAACCUGUUGAUCUUGCGUUUAAAAAUGAAGAACCCUACAAUGCUAAUUCAGAUGUCCAUGGUGAUGUUGCUGUUAGUCGCUUUACCACGCAGAAAAGUGGUCGACUGAUCGCUCCGGUAGCUUCACAACAUAAGUUCGAUUACUAUCAAGCCUGUUUGAAGAAAUGUUUAGAAUUACCAGCAUCAAAAUGUCUAUCAGUAAAUUAUGAUUUUGGCAGUAGUGGUAAUUGUGAAUUACUGGAAUCUAUCGAAGGACAUGAACAUAAAAUUGCUGUUAGUGGGAAAUAUGUGCACAUGGAACGACUUGGUAUUGGGUUUGCGUAUGAAUUCUCAUACACAGACAAACAGCUACAGCACAACAAGCUCUACUAUUUUAACCUGGAUCUUCAAAACCAUCUUGGAUUCAGGAAUAUUAUUUCAUCAAAGGGUGUUUUAAUUGACAUCAGUCCACCAGUUCCUGGAGAUGGUAAAAUGAAGAAUAUAACAAAUGACGUUUUAGAAUGGAUUCCAUGUCCAGAAAUGAUACCCUCUGACCAAUUAGAUUGGCGCUUGUUAUGUAUUGACCAAUCAAAACUUGUUAAAAAUCAUAGGAUAAUAAUUGAUGGUGAAGGCUCUCAAACAGUAUUUAAUGGUCAUACACCGUUACUAGAUCAAAAAUAUUUCCGAGCAAACCGAUUUAUAUCAGCUAAUUGGGAUGGAAUUCAUGACAAAGAAACUGGAAUUCACGGAUACUCUUUUGCUGCUGGACAUGACAUUUGUGAGGAAACGUUUGAAGAACACAGAGAUCCACACGCUCAUUUAUUCAGUGAUUCUGAAUGGACUCAUGAAGGUCUGAUAAAACGUGAAGAAGACAACCGUAUACCAGAUGGUAAUUACUAUGUGACAGUAAGAGCUUUAAAUAAAGUAGAGUAUGGUGGACCACUUGUGACAACUUUCUGUCAUUCAACAAAGUAUACUAUUGACAAUACAGUUCCCUUUGUACACGAGGUAUUUAAUGUACAAUAUGAAGAGGAGAGUAAGAAUUUAUCAGCAGAAUAUAACGCAAGUGAUCCUCAAUCAGAUGUUAAAGAAGUUGAUAUCUGUCUGGGAAGAACAACUAAAGAUUGUUCUAUAAGAGACUGGGAAAGAUAUCCUCAUUCUGGAGAAGUCAUUCACAAUACAGAGUUACCAGGAGGUAUCCCAGUCUGGGUUAAGAUAAAGGCCUGGAAUAAUGUGAAUAUGUCUGCAUUGAGAUCAGCGGACAGUCCUCUAAUUAUUGAUGUUACACCACCUAUAGCAGGAGAAGUUUAUGAUGGUCCUCUUUAUAAACAUGAUCUGAUGUUUACCAAGGAUAGUAAUAAGAUCUGUGCCAAUUGGGUAGAUUUCUACGAUCCCGAGUCUGGUUUGUCAUAUUUCUCUGUGUUUGUUCGCUCAUCGGACAAUGAUAUGUAUCUGACCAAUGGAACUGAUUUUGAUCAUCGAACACACGAAGCCUGUAUAGAAUUCGAAGAUGGCCUGCUAGAACAUUCCAAGAAAUAUUAUAUCGAGUUGUGGGCUUUUAAUGCUGGUCAUCAACAACUGAAUGUAUCUGGAAAAUCUGAUGGUGUAAUUGUUGACCUAACUGUACCAGUUGAAGGAGAAGUAGUAGAUGGAAAAAGAGAUAAUUUUACUGAUAUACAGUUUAGUGGUGCUACAGCUACUGUUGCAGGGCAAUGGAAAGGGCAGUUUGAUCCAGAAUCUAGUAUAAAAUCGUUUGCAGUUCAGAUACUAAGAGCCAAGAAUACAUCUGAAGAUUUUGAAAUAUUACGAGAUUGGCACGAAGUUGACAAUGCUACAAACUCAUUCGAAUGGCAUAAUUUCCAUCUUCACCAUCAAGAUAGUGUCAAAAUACAAUUACUAACCACGAAUGGCGCUCUGGGCAAAAUUACUCAACACACAGAUGGAUAUGUUGUUGAUUUGACUCCACCUACUUUAAUUUAUUUAAAUGAUGGAGGUCAACAGAGACAAGACGUUGAUUACCAGUCAUCAAAUUCUUUCAUCUCGGCUAAUUAUAAAUUUAUUGAUGAAGAAUCUGGAAUAGAUCAUUAUAAAUACCAGAUUUAUCAGUUAUACCAAGGUUCUAAACAUCAGAUAUAUCCAGGGAAAGGUAAAUGGACUGAAAUACGAAAUCCCGAAGAAGAUUCUUUAGAAGUGACAAGCCUUACCUUACAAAAUGGAGCUAAAUACAGUGUUAGAGUCAGUGCGAUCAAUAAAGCUUUAUCGGUAGCAACGUUUGAUACUAAUGGAUUUUUACUGGACAACACUCCACCAAAGAUACUAUGGGUAUUUGUUGGAGUAUUUGAUGGUGAAACAGAAGAAGAUAUUGAUGGUGUAGUAUUACAAGCUGAUAAAACUGGUAUCAAAGCCUCGUGGUUUGGUACUGAUGAUGUCAGUGGUAUUAAAGACUAUUUUGUGGCAGUUGGUACCACAGAAGGAGGACAAGAAAUUUUACAAUGGAAAAGUUAUGGUCAAAACCACGAUGGAUACAUUGACAACCUCAAUCUUCAAGUGAAGAAUACCACCACUCCUUACUAUUAUGUAUCUGUCAAGGCAGUGAAUGGUGCUGGUCUGGAAAGCACAGUGAAAAGUUCCACUCGUAUUGAAGUGGUAGAAGAAGAUAAAGCAGGAAUUGUGUUUGAUGGUGCUGAAGGAACAGAAGGAGGGUCAACUACAGAUAUUGACUACCAGUUAGAAACUGGAACUGUGACUGUUCAGUUCUCUGGAUAUGAAAGUGCUCUCCAUGGUAUCUCGAGAUUUGAUUGGGCAGUCGGUACUACAGCUGGUGGAGAAGAGGUUCAGCCUUUUAUGGAAGCCGGUUUGAUCCAUCAAGAGGAUACUGACGUUCCAGGAAAUGGCAUUGCUAGUUCUGGUUAUGGUCAAGCUAUCCUACCACUAGAAUCUGGUAUAAAGUACUAUGCUACUGUAAGAGGUAUCAGUAACGUUGGAAAUGUUCUAGAAUCUACUUCUGAUGGUUUUACGGUUGAUACAACUCCUCCUAGUAUCACUAUUGAAAGCCUGUCUGAAGUAUUUGAUAGAAAGAAACUGGAACCUGGUAUGAAGAUUUACCAAUCUGAAGUGGAUUCAAUUCAAGCUGAGUGGUUAGUUCGGGAUCUAGAAAGUAAUAUAACAGAGGUGUGGUAUUCUGUUGGUACUUAUCCUGAUGGUGCUGAUAUCAAAUCGGCUGCUAAAGUCUCUGUCUUCCUGGAUGGUGAAGGAUCACUACCUGUUGGUGAUGCUAAACCUAUAUCUGAUGGUCGACCAAACAUUAUAAAUUUCUGGGCAGUGAAUAAUGUCGGACUAACUGGAAGAAAGUCGUCUGCUACAUUGAUAGUUGAUACCACGCCACCUAGUGAGGGUGUUGUAACUUGCCCUGGCUUUAUUCAGCCUCACACUGCGAUGAAAUGUUCAUGGAAUAAUUUUAUAGAUAAUGAGAGUCCAAUUAAAAACUUUCACUUUAGUUUGGGAUCACAAGAAGAUCUUGUUGGUGAUGUAAGUCAUGGUAAGAAAUAUUAUGUUAUGGUGACAGCUACGAACUCUGUUGGCCAUACUAUAUCAGCUGUAUCAAAUAGUAUUACUGUAGAUGUUACACCACCAGUCGCUAGUCGUGUUGUUGAGUUGAAGACAGAAUAUAUUAUAAACGUUACAAGUGAUAGAUCUACAUCAGAACUCAAUACUUAUAGUUGUAACACGAAAGAAGAUUGUGAUGAGAUAGAUGCAGUAUGCCAGGAAUCCCUGACCUCAAUCAACGUCGCCUGGUCAGAAUUUACUGAUCCUGAAAGCAGGAUUGUUAGUCACGAAAUUGCAAUAGGAACUACACCUGGAGGUGGCCAAGUUAAACAAAUCUUUACAGUACCUACUGACAAAAGAUAUUUUACUAUUAAAAAUCUGGUAUUGAAUGGAUUGAGACAGGUAUUUGUAACUGUCAAAGCCAUUAAUGAAGCAGGAUUGAGUACGGUGGCGACGUCUAACGGUAUUUAUAUAUCGUAUUUGAGUCAAGGGAAACAACCACUCUCUCAUAUUGGAGUCUGGGAUGGUGACAGUCAUCAUGGAGAUAUAGAUUAUCAGACCAGUAUCGAUACAAUAAAAGCUAGAUGGGAUGUGACUGGAGAACCCUGUCCUGUGAAGAGAUAUGAGUGGUCAAUAGUCAGAUUGGAUGGCUUGGUUGUCCAGAAUUUCACCGACACAUUAGGAUCAACAUUUGGGGUCAAUGAUGGACUAUCGUUAAGUGAUGGUGAAAGAUAUUACAUUUUACUACGAGUAACAACAGCUUUAGAUUACAGCUACAUUCUACGUUCUAAUGGAGUGACAAUCCAGCUAGAGCCAGUAAUACCAGGACGUGUAAAUGAUGGAGAUGUUUUUGGAUAUGAUCUUAAUAAGAUAUUUAUGGUGAAUAAAGCCUCGGCUAAUUGGCAAGGGUUUGGAGUUGGUGUGGAUGAUGACUCUCCACCAUUUGAGAUAGAAUCAGGAAAUCCUGGAGUACAUGGUUCGGAGAGAAAAGUUAUCAAUGCAAUCAGAUAUUAUGAAGUAGCUUUAGGAACUGACAGAAGAUUCCCUAAAACUAGAGAUAAUGUUGUUCCAUAUACAAAUGUCGGUUUAAAUACAACAGUAAUAUUCUAUGAUCUUGAACUUGUACCAUUAAAAGCUACGUAUUAUGUCACUGUUCGAGCGUACAGUGAAUCCAUGGCCAUGACGGAAGUAACAUCCAAUGGUUUCCAGUCAGGCUACAAUGAUGGUGUCAAAGCUGGAGUAAUAGAAAUGACAGAAUAUAUCAGUAAUAAUACAGUUAUUGAUAUUCCAUGGAAUGAAUUUGAUUCUAAAGUUGGUAUGAUGAUGUAUUAUGUUGCUAUAGCAACUAGAAAUAAUAGCUUAAACUGUCGAGAUCUGAUCGAAGGUGGUAAGAUGUCAGAGGAAGAAAGAAAAAGAUUAUUUGACAUUUUGGAUGUGACGAAUGUGGGAACUGAUACAUUUUUACAGUAUACAGAUAGUGUUCUAAAACAGGAUCAUGGAUAUUUUGUUACUGUUAUAGGUGUAGAUAAUGCUGGAGAAUGUAAUUCAACAAGUUUUUAUUUCCAUGUUGACAUUACACUACCAGUUCAAGGUCAGGUCAAGGUCGGACCAUACUAUAACAUGAAAAUGUCGUAUUCUGGAUCUUCGGAAUCUCUAAUAGUUGAUUGGAAAGAUUAUAUAGAUGAUGAAUCUGGUAUCAAAUGUUUCCGAGUCAGUUUGAUUGAAGAAUCAACAUGUGAAACUGGUGCUACAAGAACAACUAUAGUACAACCUAUUGAACUGAAUGAGAAUUAUACAUCUUAUCAAUUCUUAGAACUAGAACUACAGUUAUCCCGACCAUACAUAGUAAAAUUAGAGGUAGAGAAUAAAGCAGGUUUAAAGAUUGAAGUAGAAACAACACCAGUAAUUUAUGAUACGUCAGAACCAACUGGUGGUCAUGUUGUUGAUGGUACAGACUAUAGACAAGAUAUCGUUUGGAUACAUUCGGGUUCUACUGUCACAGGAUCAAUUUUAUACUUACCAACUCCAGUUGGAUCACCCUGUCCAACACAAGAUAUCCUUUUUACUGAUCCAGAAUGGAGAAUGUUCACUAGAUCUGAGAACUAUGAUUCUAGUGGUAACAGACUACAACUUGAGUAUCGUGAAGCCAAUAUUCUCAUUGAUACUAAUAAACCAAAUGAUCUACAAAUAAAACUAGCACGAGAUGUUAAAACAGGGACCAUGGUUUCUGGUGGUUUCUAUAGAAAUGCUGAUAUGGUUUCUGGUGGAACAUAUGAGAUGAACAUCCAAGCAGCUGGUGGUGAUGGUAAAGCUGUGACCUCUAUAGUAUUAUGGGAUGGACCAGUAUCAGAUAUUGUACAAUAUGACUAUGUUAAAGAAGUUGACUGGACUCUUUGUUCCUGUUGUCGUAAUAAUCCCAACGAUACUGACUGUCUUAGUGAAUGUAAUUGUGACUCAACAGUUACAGAAGACAGGGAAAAGACUCAAGGAACUACAGAAUCUGUCACUGACAGCCCAGGUCAAGCAGAUUAUGUGUAUGACCUUACAGAGGAAGAGAGAUCGGAGUUGUUCAAUGGUACAUCAGAAAACAAGGCUGAUAAACCAUCGAGGAACAAACCUCCUCAUAGACAUAGAGCUUGUGGUAUCCAAAUUAUAGCAGGUGAAGUACAGAAAUUGAUCACUUGGUGCCGAUUUGAAAACAAAUUAAAUCAACCAAUGAAAGCAGAAAGAAAAUUAGACUUUGACCCAUCAAAAUCCAUCAAUAAUUAUCGGUUGGAAUUUUUUGUUGUGAAUGAAGAAGCAACUGAGGUAUAA